AUGUCUGCUUCUGUAAAGAGAACUAUUUCGGACAUCCACUUGUUCUGGCCACAAUAUAACCAAGGUUUGAAGUAUAGUGAUGGGGAUUCAGACUCAUCCAAUAAGAAGAGAAACGCUCUCAAAUGCAAAUACAUCCUGGAUGUAGGAUUAGAUCAGAAUAGCGACGAACUCGGUGACGGGCAUUUUAGUAAGGUUAAAAGGUGUCAAAAUGUGAUCACUCAUAAAUACUAUGCAAUGAAACUGAUCGAUAAGAAUUUGAUUAAGAACGAAAAACUGAAACUGGUCUCAAGAGAAAUUAAUCUUCUGAAGUUAAUUUCGGAGAAGAUUAGGUCUUUGGAGGAUAGCACUGAUGCUGCUUUUUAUAAUGGUAGUGAAAACCAAGGUUCGUGGAACGCGGCGUUCAUAGGGCACCACCAUGUUUUGCAACUAAUGGACUACUUCGAAACAAAGGAUAACAUUGCACUGGUUACACAACUUUGUGAUAAUAAUGAUCUUUACGAGACAAUCAUCGAUAAUGAAUAUUUGCCAGACACCUCAGUGAAGGCAUACACAGCUUGUCUAUUGAGUUGCUUGUCGUUUCUACACAGCAAUGAUGUUAUUCAUCGUGACUUGAAAGCGGAAAAUGUCUUCUUUAGACUUCACAAUCACUCAUCGGAACUUCCGCGCACAGCUGUACCUUCUGCCCAUGACAUUAUAUUAGGCGACUUCGGUCUGGCAACUACAACAAAUCAUAAUUGGAUCACGUCGAAGAAUUCUCUAAAGGAGUAUGUAGGAACAGUUUCUUAUAUUUCUCCGGAAAUAGUCAGGUGUCGGAACGUUAAGACAAUGGACCAGAAUGAACUGCAGAAUUUGCCAGAUUAUGGCACUCCUGUUGAUAUUUGGUCUUUAGGAGUCCUGGUAUACUUCAUGAAAUUUGGCUACAUGCCAUUCGACUGUGAUGAUGACGAGGAAACCUUGGAUUGCAUAAAAGUAGCAGAUUAUUUUAUAGACCAAGAGUCCUAUGACGAUAAAAGCUUACAGUCGUUUUGGAGUUUUCUGAAACUUUGCUUUACUAUAGAUCAAAAUAAAAGGCCUACGGCAUCAGCAUUACAGUCGCAUCUUUUUGUUGCAGAGUUUACAAAUAUCAAUAACAACGUAGAACCUUUAAGAGAAACAGCAAGUGACAUUGAGAAGAGUGACUGGGACAACCAUGUUCCUUUUGAAGACUUUAGAACACAUCUAAGAAGCAGACCAUCCUCAACGUCAUUACAUUCAUUGAAAUCUCCAAAAAAGUCCAUAUCUUCUUCUUCUUUAAAUUCUUUUAAUUAUGAUCCUGUACCUGUUAGUGCUACCACUUUUACUUCACCUCCAAAUACAGCAUCAUUGAAUUCAUCAAACAACAAGAAAGCUAUAAUAAGCAAAAAAACAGUUAAUAUAAUGUCAACAAACAGUGUUAGCACAUCGUUGACUAUCCCAAAUGUUUCCGAUAUUCAACUUCCAACAAGAAGCCCAAUGGCACAGUUCCAUAAAAGAAGAGAAUCCCUAAAGAAAACGUUAUCAAUGACGUCUAUUAAAAAACCGUCAAUGGCAAGUUUGAAUACAGCUCCUAAACUUGUAAAGAAUCACAUUGACUCUACUUUUAUCCUUGAUCCAAAACCUCCGAAGAAUGCUCUAAUGAAUGGUUCAUACAGUCUAAUGCCAGAAACAAAAUCAAACGAAAUUUAUGAAAAUAAUGAACAAAUGGAAAUCCCAAGGCUGCUAUCAAGACCAAGCUCUGCAACUGACAUUGGUCACCUUGUAUUAGAUGACCGAACAAAUGUAACGAAUAAAAAUGAUUAUAUUCAACAUAGCAACGUUGAUAUUAAUACAGUACUAAAAAAUUCCCUAUCACAAAACGGUAUCUCACAAAAAGUUGAAUGUUUAUUCCCACAAUUUGCAAAUACUCAUUCAGCAAAGCCAAAAUUUUCGUUAGGCGAUGAUGACGAUGAUGAUGACGAGGAAUAA